CCCAUCGCUGCCCCUCCCGAGGCGGGAGGGUCCGGGCCUGCCCCGGGGGUGUGCGGGCUCUCGGCCCGGGCUCCGCACGGCCCUCCUCGGGCACGGGGUAUGUGGGGACCCCCGGGACGGAGCGGGAGGGGUUUUCCCCGAGGAUUUACCUUGAGGUGAUUUUGUGUUGGGGCUGAGUCCUGAGCGGGACUGGGUGACGCGUUUUAGCUUUAAACACCGUUGUAGAAAAAGCGUGAAGCGGCUUCUGUCCGAGGCCCGUGUAACAGGUACCAGAGCUCAAGGGAUGGCUAAAGUUCCAGUUGGUUUCACUGGAAGUUUUGUGUUUGGUUUGUGUUUUUUUCACAGCCAGUGUCUGGUGUAUUACUGAGUGAAAGCAGCAAAACUGCACAUAAUACAUCAAUCAUACAGUACAAGUUGAGACUGGUCAUGAAGACCUUCUGUGGAAGAGCUAAUCCAACCACUGGUGCCAUGGAGUGGUUAGAGGAGGCUGAGGACUAUGACUACCACCAGGAGAUUGCCAGGUCACGCUAUGCAGAUAUGCUUCACGAUAAAGACAGAAAUGUGAAGUACUACCAAGGUAUUCGUGCUGCAGUGAGCAGGGUGAAGGAAAGAGGGGAGAAAGCAAUAGUUCUGGACAUAGGCACUGGCACAGGACUCCUGUCCAUGAUGGCAGCUUCAGCUGGGGCAGAUUUCUGCUAUGCAGUUGAGGUUUUCAGGCCCAUGGCUAAUGCUGCUGUGAAGAUAGUGGAGAAAAAUGGUUUUUCUGACAAGAUUAAGGUAAUCAAGAAGCACUCCACUGAAGUCACAGUUGGCCCAGAUGGAGAUAUGGAAUGUCGUGCAAACAUCCUGGUCACAGAGUUAUUUGAUACAGAGCUGAUAGGAGAAGGAGCUUUACCGACAUAUGAGCACGCACACAAAUAUCUUGUACAGGAAGGAUGUGAGGCAGUGCCUCACAGGGCAACAGUGUAUGUCCAGUUAGUGGAAUCCAAAAGAAUGUGGGCCUGGAACAAACUGUUUCCCGUUCAUGUCGAAGCAGAGGAUGGUGAAAAAAUUAUUGUUCCCCCUUCAGAAAUGGAGAACUGUCCAGGUGUUCCUUCUGUUUGUGAUAUCCAACUGAACCAGAUGCCCUCAAGCGACUUCAGUGCCCUUAGUGAUGUGGUGACAAUGUUCAGUGUGGAUUUCAGUAAGCCAGUACAGAGUGCUUCAACCUGCUAUAGAGUGCAGCUGGAGUCUGUUAAAUCUGGGAAGGCACAAAUUGUUCUUUCCUGGUGGGACAUUGACAUGGACCCCUCUGGGAUGAUAAACUGCACGAUGGCUCCCUACUGGGUAAACCCCACUUCUGCUUUGCAGUGGAGGGAUCACUGGAUGCAGUGUGUGUAUUUCCUGCCCAAGGAGGAGCCGGUCGUGCAGGGUGAGAAGGUGCACCUGACUGCCUGUCGGGACGAGUACUCUGUGUGGUACACACUGCAGAAAGCCAGGUAACAACUCAGGGGGGAGGAAAGGCUUGACCAAGAGGAGAAUGAAGCAGCUGUGGGCAUUGAGAGCCCGGUGUGCAGGUGCCACGCUCACCUGCUGUGGAACAGAGCACGCUUUGGGGAGUUGAACGACCAGGAGCGGACCCAGCAGUACAUCCAGGCAUUGAGGACAGUUCUGAACACAGAUAGUGUUUGCCUUUGUAUCAGUGAUGGCAGUCUGCUGCCUGUGCUGGCUCACUAUCUUGGAGCAAAGCAGGUGUUUACAAUAGAAAACUCUGGUGUGUCCUGUUCUGUCAUGGAAAAAAUUUAUAAAGCAAACCAUCUUGAAGAUAAAAUUAAAAUAAUAGAAGCACGUCCUGAGUUGCUGAAGCCUUCUCAUUUCGAAGAUAAAAAGAUUUCCGUUCUUGUGGGAGAGCCAUUUUUCAGUACAAGUUUGUUGCCGUGGCAUAACCUGUAUUUCUGGUAUGCCAGGACAGCUGUGAGCAGUCACCUCACCAGCAAUGUCACUGUCCUGCCUCAGUCUGCUGCUUUGCACAUGAUGAUUGUGGAGUUCCAGGACUUAUGGAGGAUCCGGAGUCCGUGUGGCAUCUGUGAAGGUUUUGAUGUCCAGACUAUGGAUGAUAUGAUUAAAGAUUCUCUGAAUUUUAGGGAAUCCAAGGAAGCAGAGCCUCACCCUCUGUGGGAAUAUCCUUGCAAGUCACUGUGUGACCCCCAGGAGGUUUUGACAUUUGACUUCAGAAGGACUGUGCCCCAGCACUGUCUCAGCACCGAGGGCUCUGUAAAUCUCUUGCGGAAAGGAAAGUGCCAUGGAGCAGUUUUGUGGAUGGAAUAUCAUCUUGCUGCAGAUAUCUCCAUAAGUACAGGACUGAUGAGAAUUUCAGAUGAAAAGGGAAACUGUGACUGGAAUCGCCACUGCAAGCAAGCUGUCUAUUUCUUCAGUUCUGUCAUUGAAUCAGAAACUCCAGCAGCCCCUGCUGCUGUCACAUAUGCUAUACAUUUCGACACAAAGACAGGGGAGAUUGCCAUGGAUUUUAAGCUAUUAUAAAAUACUUUACUAUUCCUCAUAUUCCUAAAUUAUAAUAAACCUUUUUUUCAUACA